AGAAAUAUGCGAGGACUUUAAAGAAGAAGAAGAAGAAGUUCCACAGUUCUCACUGAUUUUCUCCGGUCCUAGGUGUUACAUGUGAUACCUCUUUAAAAGCGCGCGCGCGCGCACACACACACACACACAUUUUACAUACAUACAUACACACACACACACACACACAAUGAGGCGGGGACAUUUUGUAAUCUAAAGGAAAAGGCAGAAUGCGCGAAAGCGAAACGAUCCGAAGCGAGGAAACAGGAAGACGUUUAACUAUCCACAGUGAUACCAAAUGGCUGCAGUGAUUUUUGACGUACUUUCUGAGCUGCUGGAUGCGGAGUUUAAAGAGUUCAAGUGGCGUCUGUCAGACCAUGGGACACUGGACAGCUCAAGUAUUGCUCGUGGAAAGCUGGAGCACGCUAAUCGCCACGAGGUCGUGGAUCUCAUAGUGCAGCAGUACACUGGCUCAGACGCCGGGAGGAUUGCUAUCAGAGCGCUGCGCCAAAUCAAGCAAAAUGAGCUCGCUGAUCAACUGAAAGCAAAGCUUCAGGAAGUUUCAGAGGAGGGUUCUGCUGAAGAUGGAGCUUCAUCCGGUGCAGCGGCUGCAAACACUUCAAGGACAGGGGUUACGAUGAACAUACAAGCCUCCGAUGGAGGGAACGUAAAUGCCCCUGUUCUUCAGAACGGUGUUUAUCACGGCUCAGUGACAUUCAAUUAACGCUCAAGGAGCUAUCUGUCUUAUAACAAUGAUUUUAAGGGCUCAAAUGAAGAUACAGCACAGAGAAAGUCUACAGUUUUUGAAUCCAUAUUAUGUUUGACAGCAAAUUAUAUGCCUUAAAUAUGAUAUAAUUAAAAUAUGCCUUUAUCUCAGAAUUAAAUAAAUCUACUUCUCAUAAAGAAA